GACGGGAGAGAAUGAUGAGAGAGAGAGAGAGAGACAGAGAGAGAGCGCAGCCCAGCUUGUGCCCCUUUCUGAGGUGCCUGUUUCCCUGGAGGGCUCGGCCCGCCAUUGCAGCCGGUCGCUGCCAGUCUGGCGAGAAGGGGAGGUUGCCCACGCCCUGCUGAGCAGGCGGCACGUUUCCUGUUGGUUCGCUGCCGGCCUUCCUGUGGACUCUGCCUUCUGGCUAAAUGGGGAAGGGAGCCGUUGCUUUUGCCUUCGCCCUCAGCUCUGGCUCCGGCCUGGGCCUGACCGAGCCGGCCCCCGGCUCCUAGAGCCCCGGCCCCCCAGCCCUCCGCCCCCGGCCCCGGCUUGACGAUGGACGCCCCCGCCCAGAGCUUAGCUCCCCCGGCCCUCGGGCCCCGAGGGGAGGAAGGCCGCGUGUUUCUCAUUCCCGAGAGGCAGCAGCCUGACUGUGAACACCUGAGGAAAAGAGUCCCGAGGGGGAGAAAAGGCCAGGACUGGUCGUGCGCCCUCCUCGCCGCGUCCCUGGUCGGGGCUCUGGGCUCCUCCUUUCUCUACGGAUACAACCUGUCUGUGGUCAACGCCCCCUCCCGGUACAUCAAGACUUUCUACAAUGAUACCUGGCCAAAAAGACAAGGCCGCUCGAUAGAUGAGAAUACCCUGAUGCUGCUCUGGUCCCUGACUGUAUCAAUCUUUGCCAUUGGAGGCCUGGUGGGGACGAUGGUGGUGACUUUGAUUGGAAAGGUUCUUGGAAGGAAAUACACGUUACUGGCCAACAACGCCUUCGCCAUCUUGGCAGCCUUGCUCAUGGCUUGCUCCCAGAAGGCCGGGUCCUUUGAGAUGCUGAUCCUGGGGCGCUUCAUCAUGGGCGUUGACGGAGGCAUCGCUCUCAGCGCCCUCCCCAUGUACCUGAGUGAAAUCUCCCCCAAAGAGAUCCGGGGGUCUCUGGGGCAGGUCACCGCCAUAUUCAUUUGCAUUGGAGUAUUUACUGGUCAGCUCUUGGGCCUGCCUGAAAUUCUGGGACAGGAGUCCCUGUGGCCUUACCUGUUUGGCGUGAUUGUGGUUCCCGCCUCCAUCCAACUCGUGAGCCUCCCGUUCCUGCCAGAGUCCCCGCGCUAUCUGCUCUUUGAAAAGCACGAUCAGGAGGGAGCACGCAAAGCCUUUCAGACAUUCCUUGGGAAAGCAGACAUAUCUCAGGAAAUGGCCGAGGCCCUUGCCGAGAUCCGGCUUCAGAGGAACAUCCGCCUGGUGUCGGUCUGGGAGCUCGUGAAGCAGCGUUCGGCCCGCUGGCAGAUAAUCACCGUGGUCAUCACCAUGGCCUGCUACCAGCUCUGCGGCCUGAAUGCGAUUUGGUUCUACACAAACAACAUCUUUUCCACGGCAGGGAUCCCUACUGAGAAGAUCCCAUAUAUAACCCUGAGCACGGGGGGCAUCGAGACUUUGGCUGCCAUCUUUUCGGGCCUGGUCAUUGAACGUCUGGGGCGCAGACCUCUUCUCAUUGGCGGCUUUGGGCUCAUGACGCUCUUCUUUGGGAUCCUCACCGUAACUCUGACGCUGCAGGACAAGGCUCCCUGGAUCCCCUACCUCAGCAUUGUCUGCAUCCUGAGCAUAAUUGCCUCAUUCUGCAGCGGACCAGGUGGGAUCCCCUUCAUCUUGACCGGAGAGUUCUUCCAGCAGGCUCAGCGGCCAGCAGCCUUCAUGAUCGCAGGGACGGUCAACUGGCUCUCCAACUUUGCAGUGGGGCUCCUGUUCCCCUACAUUGUGGAAGGGUUGAGGACCUACUGCUUCCUGGUCUUUGCUGCAAUCUGCUUGCUGGGAGCCACCUACUUCUAUUUUGUCCUUCCCGAGACCAAAAACAAGACUUACGCGGAAAUCAGCCAAGCGUUCGCCAAAAGGAACAAGGAGAACCUGCCCGGGGAGAAGGCGGAGCAAGACAGACCCAACGGACUAGCCAGCAGCAAGUUGGAGCUGGAGUCUCCCACACUGGACAACGGUGUCCAGAACAAGAUCGUUUAACUGGGAUGGGCUCUGCAGGUCGUUGUCCUCCCGGAAGACUCGGGGGCCAAGCUUCUCUGCCCACGGAGAUUUUCAGGCCUUCACUUGCAGGGAAUGAGCAGCCAUAACCUCUCCCAUGGGAUUGUGGCUGCUGAUUCUUGACCUUCUGGGGUCCAGAAAGCGGACCCUGCUGCCCCGUGUCCCCUCCCUGUCCCGCCACCGCGGCCCAUUCCUUCAGAGCAUUUUCCCCUUCCCAUGGGGCCACAGAGAGCGCUCCCUCGGAGCAUUCUGGGCAAACUGCUUGGUCUCAAAGCAAAAUUGAGGCAAUGCACAAGAUGAACAUUAAAAAUAACAAGUCAACUCCUGGGCACUUGGGUCCUGAAGGAAGUCCCUUUGACGGGCUGAGGAUAAGCCGGGUCUUCAGGAGCAUUCUCCCUCGGGCUAAUUGGGGCCCGUGACCAGGCUGCUCCUGGGGAUGAGCUGCUCGUGGGGGCUCCUCCAGGCACUUCAGAGCUGCUUGUCCAAUGAGACAUCUCUGCCAAGUGGCAAACUGGACUCUCAGGGAAGCGAGGGGCACCUCCCAUCUUGGAGGAGAAAUUAAAUUGUGUGGAUGGGAGCCCCAGGAUUCCUCUAGCUGUCUCUCAGAAACACCAGGGCCCACCAGCAAAGGAGGUGUCGCCCCCAUUCUCUGGGGGGACAGCAGACCCAGAUCGGCUUGAUUCUUAAAUUGGCCCCUGCUUGGUCUCCUGGCCCAGCUCACCCAGCACCACCUUCCGAGCUCAGGGAAUGAAGAUUCACUUUCAUUUCAACAUUUGCCAAAUUUCCGAGAAAUUAAUUUUGUUGGGGGUAAAGAAUAAUACAAAAACCCCGACUGUACCGAUGCAGAUAUUUGCAAUUGCCUCGGUGACUGUUUUAGAAUAAAAGACCAGGAGCGGGGGCAGGAGUAUGUAUUUAAGCGGGGUUCCAUCCACAUGUAGUUCGAUUUUUGUGUUGCCCCAUGUUCUAGUGGGGUGGAUCCCAAGCAUCCAUUUCUAAGGGGCUUCCAGAGACUCCAAGGAGAAGUUAAUUCACACAUGGUCAUCCCUAAACACAGCCGUCUCUUCUUCGGCAUCCCUGACAAACCAUUGGCUCAUUUUUGCCGACAAAACGGAGAGGCCGCUGCCGUGGUGAAAUGGGGCAGCAUCUGGACAGGGUUUCGCGGCGUGCCUGCAGGGUAAGUGCCUACUAUGUGGGUGACCCAUUCUCCCUUCCUCUUGGGAAGAAUGUUGCAGCUAGCUGGGACAGUGAAGAGACGAUUAGACCUGAAGCUGGAAAGACCCAAGUUCAAAUGUGGCCUCAGCCACUUACUCGCUCUGCGACCCUGAGCAAGUUACUCAGCCAGUUUUCCUCAGUUUCCUCAUCUGUAAAAUGGGGAUAACAACAGCACCUGCUUCCCGGGGUCCCUGGGAAGAUCAGAUGAGAUGAUUGUAAAGUGCUUAAUACAAUGCUGGCACAUAGUAAGUGCCAUAUGGGUCGGCCAUCGUGAUUGUCUGGUCUAGGUGCUGAGUGGGUAUUUCCUGUCUCGCCUCAGUUUCCCUCUUUUUAUCCUACUUCUGUCCACUAAGACCAAGAAGGACAAGUCUAGCUGUGAGCUCCUCAGACAUUUGACAAGAGCUCUCGUGCCCCCUCACCAUAAAGCAUGAAAUGAUCUGAAUGAAAAAGGUAGAAUCGAAGCAAUCCACAAACCAAGCCAGCCUCCAUAAAUAAUGAGUCCCCCCUUCUUCAAGGGGACCAUCCCUCCCCUUCACCAGUCAGCCCCAAGCCGGAAGCUUCCCAAAGGCGGUGUCCAGAACCGCUCAGAGACCGAGCACAGAGGGGGAACUGUGGUUUUCGACCUCACGCUGCAGCUGCUGCUCUCUUAGAUUGCACAGACUCUCCGGCUGGGCUGGCCUAGGGCCCUUUCCAUUCUCAGUCACCUUAAGAAAUGAACCUGGCCCUGACCUCAGUCCUGCACCAGAUGUCCACGUGUUUGCGUGCUCCUGUAACAAUUUGGGGCAAACCACUUCAGAGACUUCCCAGAAACUCAUUUUUUGUUCCCCACUUCAGAAAUCACCGGGCCCUCAAAACCUGCUGUGGGCACAUAUCCUUUGACUAGAAUUAGACAAGGUUCCCAGAAUUCCAUUUUCAGGGGCAAAAAGAAAAAUUGGGUCAUUUAAUUUUUCUUCCAACCGUCCACGGGUAAAUUAUACCCUGCUUUGCUUUGCCACCACUUUAUCUGAACUGGAGUCCUGAGUAAUUAAUUUGCUAAUUGUUCUUUGUAAACUGUUCUGAUGAUAGACUUGCCUUUCUCUCAUGUACAAACACGUUGCACUUGAUGACCAUUAUUCUAUUUGACUCGUCAAACUGAACCUUGUUUCCUGGUAUACAAAGAAAUGGAUGUAAGCAGAGAAAUGGAACCAAAUAAAGUGAUGAAUAUUAAACUGA